AACUGUCGAAGCUAAUUUUGAAACUCGAUGUGAGGAUAAUGUUUUUGGAUCAUAUUUCUUUAUCGUUAUUUAAAAACUACAUUGAAUAGUGAAUAUUCAAGAAAACAUGAAAACAAAAACUAUUGAGGGCGGGAAAAUAUUGAUUGGGAGCUUUAUCAUUAAUUUCAUGCUCGCUGGUACCGCUAGACUUUCGGCAGUAUACUUUGUGGAAGCUCUGACCCGAUACAAUGUCAAUAGAAAGCAGGCAUCCUUUCCUUUCUUUCUAACUUAUAUAGUUAGAAACCUCUCAGGCCCCUUUGUUGGUUACUUAUUUCAAAUUUUCGGAAUGAAAUCAAUGAUAUUAAUUGGAUGCUCAAUAUCAACAAUUAGCAUAGGUGCUUGCUUUUUUGCGGAGGACAUAUUAGCGAUAACGCUAUUAUGGGGAUUGAUGUUUGGUCUUGGUUAUGUCUUGGGAAAUCACAUGCUGCCAGCACUCUUGAAUGAACUAUUUCCAGAAAGUAAAAGCAAGGCUAACGGAUUUGCAACAUCUGGCGCCUGUAUAGGCAGCAUCUUUUUACCCCUUUUAAUUGAGAACUCUAUAAAUUUAUACGGCGUUUCAGGAUCUUUUCUGAUUUUAUCAGCUGUAAUGGCUCAUACUAUUCCAGCUUCUAUGCUACUGAAAAAUCCUAUUGCAAAAAAAUCUGAUCCAUACAAAGAUAAAUACACGAAAUUUAAACUUCAUUCAGUAGAAGAGCAAAAUGAAGCACAUGUUUUAAAUUCUCUUGAACCAGAAGAAGAAAAUGAAACACAUAUUUUAAAAUCUUUUGAACCAGAAAAGCAACAUGAAACACAAAUAUCAACAUCUCAUGAAACAGAAAAAGGGCCUGAAUUGAAAGUUUCAUGCAAGCAAAAUGAACACGAAUGUGGAGUGUUAGUUGACAGUAAUUCAAAAGAUGGUAAAAAACGAAACAGAUGGAGAAGUUCGAUUUUAUCUUUAAAAGUUUAUCUUGAUCUGCCGUUUCUUCUUUUACUUUUAAUCAAUGCUGGUACUCUGUUCAUUUGUUUCACCAUAUUUACUAUAAUUCUGGAUUUCGUUCGUGAUAAAGGCGUUGGUGCAAAUUUGGAGAUAUAUUACGUUGUGUGUCUACCCGUUUUUGAUUUAUGUGGUCGCCUUGGCUCAGGAGUUUUUAACGAUAAAUAUUACUUAACUACACCGACAACUACAAUAAUAUGUUUUGUUUGCGCAUCUGUAUCAUUCAUAGCGUUUAUCUUCGUUCAUCAUUAUGUACUUGUGCUGUUAUGUGAGCUCUUUGUAUGUGUUUUUAUAGGAGCACUAUUUGUUUUAAUGAUCGCGUUAAUACCAGAUUGCAUAGAAGAAGAUAAAAGGACUAUGGCAAUGGGUUCUAGGCUCAUUUUAUACCCUCCAUUUAGUCUAGGAAUGUCGCCUAUGAUAGGUCACUUUAGAGGUACACAGGGGUCCUAUGACGGUGUUCUCUACGUUUUGAGUGGAAUUUGCCUUGGAUGUGGGUUUUUAACAUAUUUCAUUCCACAUUUAACAAAAAGAAGAAAGACAAGAAGCAAAAAUGAAAUCUUCAACAAUCCAACGGUUGAUCCUAGAAUGUGAAUUCUAUGCUCAUCUACAAUUCUGCUGCUGUGAUUUGUGAUAACUUAAUGUAUUAAAAUAAUACCAUUGAGUUUGAAG